AUGUCAAAUCCUAAUACUACCACUACCCCUCUGCGAUCUUCACCGACGGAUAAUCGAACUUCAGUCGAUUCGUUAGAUUUUGAUCUUCCUCAUGAUAAUACCAACAUCAACAACACCAACAAUAAUGCCAGUAAUGGUAAUAGCAUCAUAGGUAAACUUAGAUUUAUCUUUGUAGAUACUAUCUAUACCAGUUAUAUCGCACCAAACGUGGGUAUAUCUUUACUUAUCUUAUCUCAAUUUUUCAACUCCAUUAUGGUAACCACUUGUAAAUUAUUGGUCACCGAUAAAGAUUUCAAUGUUCCUAUCCAUCCUUUGCAGAUCUUAUUAGUAAGAAUGUUCAUCACUUAUAUCUGUUGUUUGUUAUAUAUGUACAUUACCAAAUCAGUUCCUGAUGCUCCAUUUGGUCCAAGAAAUUUAAGAAAAUUAUUAGCUCUUAGAGGAUUUGUUGGAUUCUUCGGAGUGUUUGGACUUUAUUUCUCAUUACAAUAUUUAUCAUUAAGUGAUGCAGUUGCCAUCACAUUCUUAAUUCCAAUGGUUACUGCAUUCUUAGCAUGGGCAAUGUUACAUGAAAAAUAUUCACUUUUAGAAGCUAUAUGUUCAAUAGUUUCAUUAGGCGGAGUUAUUUUAAUUGCUAAACCACAUUUCAUCUUUGGAAGUGAAUCAGAUACAGAAACUUCUAUCGAUGAAUCGAUUGAAUCAUCAUCAACAGAAAAAAGAUUAUUAGCUACUGCAGUUGGUUUAAUCGGUGUUUGUGGUGCCUCUUCCGUAUACAUUGUUCUUAGAAAAAUUGGUAAGCAAGCUCAUCCAUUAUUAUCAGUAAGUUAUUUCGCAUUAACUUGUUGUAUCAUUUCAUUUGUUGCUAUUUUAAUCAUUCCAGGUUUACAAUUUGUAUUACCUUCUAAUGGUUAUCAAUGGCUUUUAUUCUGUUUGAUUGGAUUUUCGGGUUUCUUUAUGCAAUUCUCUUUAACUGCUGGUGUUCAAAGAGUUAAAGCUGCUAAGGCUUCUUUAAUGAGUUAUACAAAUAUGUGUUUCGCAUUAAUUUGGGAUUUAACCAUUUGGGGUCAUUUACCCGGUGUAUUAAGUUUAUUGGGUAUAAUAUUAAUCAUUACCAAUGCUUUUAUCAUCAUUAGAUAUAAACCAGAUGAUAAAGAUGAUCAUUCAGAAGCUAAACAUAACAAUAAUGAUCUUGAAUCAGGUAAAUACCAAAAUCUUGAUAGCUCAGAAUCAAUCUCACUUCAAGAAUUCAUCAUCACUGAUGAUGAUGAUUAUGAAGGUAAAAUCAAUGAUAAUGAAGACUUAUCAAAAACCUCAUAA